GGGCAGCGCGGGGGCCGAGCCCUCGUCCCACCGCCGGCACCGCGUCCCGUCCCGCAGCCGCGCAAGCCCGGGGCCCGGGAGCGAUGGAUUUUCGUGGGAAGAAGUACGAGCGCGGCAGUAACUGGUCGGACCCCGAGGUGGUGGAGCUGCUGCAGCUCUGGGCCGACGAGUCGGUGCAGGUGGAGCUGGAGAGCUGCCUGCGCAACCAGCACGUCUUCAACCGCAUCGCCGAAGUGCUGCGGGAGAAGGGAAUCCACCGGACUGGCGACCAGUGCCGGGAGAAAAUCAAGAAGAUGAAGCUGGAGUACCGGAGGAUCAAAGACAACAGCAAAGCUUCGCGGGGCGGACGGACCUGGAAGUUCUACGAGGUGAUGGACCGGGUGCUGACCAGCCGGCCCGCCCUGGCGUACAGCUCGCUGAGCGGCAGCAUGAUGGCUCAGCAGGUGCUGCAGGGCAGCAUGGUAGAGAGCUACCAUCACCAGUUCUCCAGCUCGGCCCUGCCCUUUGGACACUCCCAGCACCCUGAACUGAUGGAAAUCAAAUGUGAGGAGGUGAACUCUGAUGAGCACUGCUUGACCCCAGAGCCCCCGUCAUCCAUGUCUUACCAACAGGGCUCCCCCGAAGAACAUGAGAUGGAGAGAGCCUUCUUGGAGAGGGCUCAGAACGACUCUCCCAUCUCCAGGGUGGAGAUUCCCAUUGAAACCAGUGUUUCACCUUCAGGUUUCAGCGAGCCAAACAUGGCAAACUCCACUCGGAUCCAGAACGUGGUUCCCCGGCCCGGCUUCUCCGCCUUGCACCGGCUAAGGAAAAGGCGGAAAGGGCAACGCGUGAGGGACCCCCUCGAUGACCUCUUGCUGAAAACCCUGACCUCUCAGCGGGCCAUGGAGGAACGCUUUUUGCAGAUGGAAGAGAGGCGUUUCCAGCGGGAUUUGGAGGUGGAGGAGCGUCGGAUGCAACUGGAGCAGCGCCGCUUCGAGCUGGAGCGGGAGCACGAGUUCCGCAUGUUCAACGUCUUCGCCCAGAUGCUCAGCAUCCUCAAGCAGAGCCACGGCGCUUCCUCCUCCUCCUCCUCCUCCCUCUCCAUGCCUCGGGGUUUGGAUUUCAACCAGGCACUGUCUGAAAUGACAGGCAUGGGAGGAGGAGGAGGAGGAGGAGGAGGAGGAGGAGGAAGGGGUGACCUGCAAGGCAGCGGCGCUCGGCCGCUUGCUGAGAGGAAGGGGAACCUGCAAGGGUUCUGCGGUCCCAGCCACUUCCAGAGGAGCCCCUACCUCUCUGCCCGGGGAAAUGUUGCCAGCCUUUUUCGUGGCUCCACAGAGGAAGGGUACCAAGCUUAUCAUGCUGACAAGUAUGAUGAAGACAAGAACCCCAACGGCAUAAUAAACUUUGGCACCAGUGAGAAUAAACUCUGCUUUGACCUGAUGUCUAAGCGGCUGACACAGACUGAUAUGAACCUGAUGGAGCCUCCACUGCUUCAGUAUCCUGACUGGAAGGGGCAUACAUUUUUACGGGAAGAAGUGGCUCGAUUCUUGACCUAUUACUGCAAGGCCCCUGCACCUCUGAAGGCAGAAAAUGUGAUUGUUUUAAAUGGUUGUGGAUCUUUAUUUUCUGCAUUAGCUACAGUCCUUUGUGAUCCAGGGGAAGCUGUGCUGAUUGCUACUCCUUUUUAUGGUGGUAUUACCCAGAGUGUCUUCCUCUAUGGUAAUGUCAAGCUGGUCUAUGCCUAUUUAGACAGCAAGAUAACUGGAACAAACACUCGGCCUUUUCAGCUUACAGUGGAAAAACUGGAAAAAGCCUUGCAGGAUGCCCGGGCAGAGGGUAUCACUGUGAGGGCCUUAAUUCUUCUGAAUCCCCAGAAUCCCCUCGGGGACAUCUACUCCUUGUCAGAGCUACGGGAUUACCUGGAAUUUGCUAAAAGACACGAAUUGCAUGUGAUAGUAGAUGAGAUCUACAUGCUGUCAGUUUUUGAUGAAUCAGCCACGUUUCACAGUGUCCUAGGCAUGGACAGAUUGCCUGAUCCACAACGGACUCAUGUGAUGUGGGGAAUAACCAAGGAUUUUGCUGUCUCUGGGAUUCGUUUUGGUACAUUAUAUACAGAGAACCAAGAUGUUGCCAAUGCAGUGGCUUCUUUGUGUUACUUUCAUGGGGUUUGUGGACCUGUCCAGCACAAGGUUGCCCAGCUGCUGAGAGACAGAGACUGGAUCAACCAGGUGUACCUGAGGGCCAACCACGCUCGUCUGAAAGCUGCCCACACCUAUGUGACAGAUGAGCUGAAGACACUUGGGGUUCCUUUCCUCAACCGCAACGCCGGCUUCUUUGUCUGGAUCGAUUUCCGGAAGUACCUCAGGACAGCCACAUUUGAGGAGGAGAUGCUGCUCUGGAAGCGUUUUCUGGAUAACAAGGUCCUCCUCUCCUGUGGUAAAGCCUUUGAAUGCAGUGAACCCGGAUGGUUCCGCAUCAUCUUUGCUGACAAGACCCACCGGCUGCAGUUGGGUAUGCAACGGAUCCGCAAGGUUCUGGAAGAGAGGGAGCAGGAGAUCCUGGCUGUGGAGAAGGAGCAACCUUGCCAGUCAGAUCAGGAUGGCAAAGCAGACAGCACAGAUGAAGUCAUUUUUGUGUCCCGUCACCAGGAGCCUUCCUCUGCCAGCAGCUCCAACCUUGGUGACCUCAUUGGCCUCCUCCAGCAGCAGAUGCGUUCCUCGGACUGGCUGCAGAAAAACACAGCUGAGCAGUUUGCCCAGGAAAAACCAGAGAUCUAUGAUGUGUUCAGCAAACUGGUGGGGAAGCAGUAAGGGACACUGUGCCUUCCAGGGGCUUUCCUGAGCUGGGACAGCCCCCGGGCCCCUGGCUCAUCUCAGCUGGUGAUUUUCCAGCAAAUAAUAUAUUUUCUGUAUAGCAGGACAAUGACUUUGUAAAGCUGAUUUUCUCUCCC